GCCUGAUCGGCGCCACGCGUUUGGAGCUGCUAAAUUUACAACUUUAUGGAAACUCAUUUAAAUUCCAUUCUUCACUUUAUUUGGUACAGUUUAAAUUCUAAUUUUAUAAACAAAUAUUAUUAUAGUGUGAAGGAAAACUUAGAGUGGUGUUAAAUACAUUAUGGACUGUUUAUCACCGGUUUUCGAAUAAUAAUGUUAGAAAAGAGAUGCGUUAAGGAAAACAGAACUACGUAAACAUGGAUAGCCCUGACGAAACCGACCCAUUAACCAAAAGAACUGCUUCAAAUAAUGAAAACCACAAAAACAAUGACACUAAUGACAUAAAUAAAAUAAACUCAAGGAAAACAGACGCUAAUACGGAAAUCGUAGCGCAUUAUACCAGAGAUGAUUCUCCAGUGGACAGAGUCAAGUUUGAAGGGCUUGAUGACAAAGAUAGUAUAUGCUCCGAGUCUACAGACGAUGACAAACUACCUCCUAUACCCGACGGUGGAUGGGGUUGGGUCGUUGUCCUAUCAGCGUUCCUUGUUUCUGCUAUUGCUGAUGGCCUCGCGUUCUCCUUUGGACUCUUACACGAAGAGUUCACAAACUACUUUAAUGCGACACAGUCACAAACAUCUUUGAUCGGCAGUCUGUUUAUCGCCACGCCGCUCUUAGCUGGGCCGAUCAUGAGUGCAUUAGUAGACAGGUUUGGAUGCCGAAUUAUGACUAUGAUAGCUGGCUUUGCGUCUACCAUAGGUUUCCUUCUAGCAUCAGUCAGUAAUUCCAUCCCCAUGUUAUGCUUAACGUUUGGAUUCCUCUCAGGAUUGGCCAUGGGAAUUCUAUACGUCACUGCUGUAGUAUCAGUGGCGUUUUGGUUUGACAAAAGACGGAACCUAGCAGUGUCUCUAGCUUCAUGUGGUAUUGGUUUUGGUACCCUAAUAUACUCACCUUUGACUCAUUUUUGGUUAGAAUUUUACGGGUGGAGAAGCACAAUAAUAUUGCUAGCUGGAACGCUAUUGAAUGUGUGCGUGUGUGGAGCUGUGAUGAGGAACCCAGAGUGGUUGGAAAUUAAGCAGAAGACAGAAAGAAGGUUGUCUAAAAGUAGGUCGCGAAGAUCUUCCAGUGCUGGGUCAGUGUCUUCUAGAUCUAUAGGCGGAGAAUCAGUAUUCAUAAGUCCUGAAGAACUUAAAUCUUUGUUGAAAAGUGGCAAGAGUCCAGAUUACAUUUUGGCCACAUUGACAACUACUAUAGCUGAGGCGGAAGAGUUGGAAGCUACAACACAGAUGAAUGCUGAGACGUCGUUUAAACGGAUGCAUUCGGCUAUUCAUUUACCAACUUUCGUCCAGCAGAAUGAAAAGGUUCCUCCAGAGGUUAUCGAGAAACUGAUGGAAAAUAAGCGUCUCUACAACAUCAUAUUACAAAAUUACCCGGAACUAAUAACAAGAAGAAAAUCCGAAGUUAAUUUAAACAUUGAAACUCCACCGGCGGAUGUAGUUAUUGAACCAGCAAAACUGCCAGUUGAAAUUAAAAUUAAAAACAAAGACAUGCAAGACGCAAAAGACAAAGGAAAGAAGGAUGAAACUAAAGAUGGUCGUAAAGACGAUGCGAAGAAGAAAGAUGAAAUGAAAGUUAGUCGCCAAGACAGCCGCAAAGAGGAAACAGGAGAGAAGAGAGAGAGAAAAGAGAGUCAUAAAGACAAAAAACAUGAACAUCAGAAAGAUCAUACGGGUGAUGGAAUAAAACAUGAGCAUGAUCACACAAAACAUGAUCAUGACCAAACAAGGCAUAAGGAAAGAUCGCAACCUCCACCGCCAGUGGGGUGGGUGCGACAGAUUUCUGUUGAUCACCACUACUUUAGGGAUAUGCCUUUGUAUAGAAACACCAUGAUGCAUAGAGGAGCCAUGUUGAACAUUUCAAGGUACAAGUUGAGAGCGUUGUCUUUGCCAGACAUGUACAGAAACUCAGAUUGGUCUAUAGCCUCAUCUGUUGAAAUGGACUGGUGGGACCGCGUACUUGAGGUCGUGAAAUCCACCUUCGACUUCAGAAUGUUUACCGAGUUCCACUUCUUGAUGUUCAACGUGUCUUCUCUGAUCCUGUCCAUCUGGUUCAUCGUGCCCUACUUCUUCCUCAAGUCCUUCAUGACGGAGAUGAACGUCGAAGGCGGGGAGAUCAUGAACGGUGUCAUUGGUGUCGCCAGCAGCAUUGGUAUUGUGGCUUUAGGCUGGGCAGGAGACCAGCCUUGGAUGAACGUGAUCAAGUCGUACGCCGCUUGCCUGAUCAUCUGCGGUCUCUCCGUGGCCGCGUACCCACUCUUCAUCACCAGCUACUGGUCCCUGGGCGUCAUCUCCGCCAUCUUCGGUCUUUCAUUCGCCAGUUCAUACUCCUACACUCCUGCUAUCCUGAUGGAGCUGAUGCCAAUAGACCACUUCACCGUGGCCUAUGGCCUGAUCCUGCUGAGUCAAGGGAUAGGCCAUCUAGUUGGGCCGCCGAUUGGAGGUCUCCUUUACGAUCUGACGGGCAGUUGGAACCUGACAUUCUACAUGGGGGGCAUCUGGCUGGUUAUCUCCGGGCUGUGUGUGGGGGUCAUCGCGUACACCAAAGACGCUAGGAUGUGCGGCAGCGCGCCUUUGCUCAAGGAAGCUGAAGAGGCUGAAAAAAAUGGCAAUAAAGAAGUUGAUGUUUAGGCACACUCCAGACACUUCAUACAAAACAUCUCGUUUUACACAGAUGACGUUACACUACAAAUUGACGUUAUCGUACACGCGCAUCUGUGUGUGUGAGGUCUAACGCUCAUUUGGUUGAAGACUAAACUAUGUUCGAGGGGGGGUGAGGUAAACGUAGCUCAGCCGCUGGUGGGGAGCGGAGAGUUGCCGUUCUAUACGUAGUAUUAUUCCUUAUUCAAUGGUUUAGAUUUGCAGAAUUGUAAUAGGUAUGCCUGUAAACUUUAUUAGGAUUGCAGGACAAGUAAGUACUUACGCAAUGUUAACAAUUUCAAAUAGCAAUAUUGGUUUUUAGAUGAAUUGCUUCGAUGUGGUUAUUUAACCCCCUUGUAGCCAUCAUGUAAGGAAACAAUUCACAAAUAGAAAAUUUAAUCAAAAAUGUCUGGCUCGGGCGGGAUUUGAACCCAUAGCUUUUGUCAAGUCGAAACGAGCGUAUGCGGAUUCACAUGGACAGGUUGAGAACCCGGUGGUGUAACGGUUAACACGCUCGUCGGCUUGACAAGAGCUGUGGGUUCAAGUCCCGUCAGAGUCCGACUUUGUCGAUUUAAUUUUCCCCUUGCGAGUUUUUUUUAAACACAGGUGAAUGCUAAAACAAUAGUCCUUUAAAGACAGAAUUCCACUGUUGGAUUUUACGAAAUCCCCGAGUAAAUUUAUAAACAGCUGAACGCGUUCUGUUUUUUUUUAUUCGCUUAGCGCUAACAGCAUCUCUUCGAAAUACCUAAGGAAAAUAGUGAAUGUAGCUUGAUUAAAGUUGUGUUUUGAACUGUUCAAGCUAAUGCGCGCGACGCGACGUAGAGCCACUCGCCGUAAAGAGACUCGCCGUAGCGGGAAUCGCCGUUCGGGGGAGGUGCUGUCAACGCCAUAAUUCAUUGUACUUAACUGAUGUCCUAAGCCAUGCCCCCGGGUAUAUUCUCUCCACAGACAAAAUGUCUAUGGUUCUCUUAAACGCUUCACCGAGUGAAAGCCUUUGGCACUUCCCAUUUGCUGCAACUAAUGAAUGCUAUCUGAGGCAAUUCUACUUACAAUAAGCAACAUUCAAAUAAAUUACGGUUAAAUCCUGCCUUAUACAAUUAUACAUAGUAGGGACUGCAAGGCACUAGAUUUUAAGACGAUCUAGUCAUCUUCUGUCUAGUCAUUGCCAUCGUAACGAAUACAUACUCACAUUGUAAUGAAUACUGACACCAUCACCAUCGCAUCGUACUUAAUGGUCGCACCCUAGUCACCCAAUACAUCCUACUAUUGUAAUUUACACCCUACCAUCGUAAUGAAUUAUCCUACUAUCGUAAUAAAUACAUUCUAUCAUCGAUACGAAUACACCCUACCAUUCUAACGUAACGAAUACAUACCACCAUCGUAAUAAAUACAUCCUACCAUCCUAUCGUACUUAUACAUCCAAUCAUCACUAGACAACGAAUACGUCCUACCCUUGUAACAAAUAACCAUAUUAUCGUAACGAAUACAUUCAACCAUGCAUCGUAACAAAUACAUUCAGCCUAUGCUUAUAGAGACUGAUUAGGUGCUACUAAUUACCUAUUAUUAUCACUAAUAGCAUCACGUGCUUCUUGAUAAGAAAUGUUCAUUAUAUUUCUUCACAAUCUUGACUCAGAUGUUGAACUAGUUUGAAAAUCCUCCCUACUUCGGAGAAGGUACAUUGGCAUUUGCAAGUACCUAUAAUAACAAAUAUAGAGAAAAUUUUAAAUCGAAAAAAUCCGACUCGGGCGAUAUAUACUUAAAUCGAAAGAAUUUCACAUUCGCGUCGCAGGAGGAAGACCCGGCUUGACAAGAACUGCGUGGGUGGCUCGUCCCGGCUUGACAAGAACUGCGUGGGUGGCUCGUCCCGGCUUGAUAAGAACUGCGUGGGUGGCUCGUCCCGGCUUGACAAGAACUGCGUGGGUGGCUCGUCCCGGCUUGACAAGAACUGCGUGGGUGGCUCGUCCCGGCUUGACAAGAACUGCGUGGGUGGCUCGUCCCGGCUUGACAAGAACUGCGUGGGUGGCUCGUCCCGGCUUGACAAGAACUGCGUGGGUGGCUCGUCCCGGCUUGACAAGAACUGCGGGUUCAAGUCCUGUUCGAGUCAUAUUAUUAUUAGGUUUAAAAUUUUCUCUUUAUGAGUUUCCUUAAGCACGGGAAUGUGCUAUAAAAACAAAAUUCAUUUAAUAACAAACAUAUAUUAUUAUUAUAUUUACAACAAUGCUUGCAAGUAACUCCGUCAAUAAACAAAAUUAUUCAACUAGAAACUCUACAUUUCUCGUAAUUAGGUAUAUUUACAAAAUGUUAUUUACCUAUUUAUACAUUGUUUUAGGUUUACACUGUUAUUAUCAUAAUUAAAACACAUAAUGACGGGUUCUUACCGCGUUUAAAUCAGGGAUAUCAAACAGGGAUAUAGGGAGUCUCAUAUCCCUGAUUGAAACGCGGUAAGAACCCGUUAUUAUGUGUUUUAAUUACCUAUUUAUAAUUUAAGUAGAUGUAAGAAUAAAAGCGUGAUUUCAAUAAAUCAUUUUCAAACUUG